CGGACCCGACCCGCGUCGCGCACCUGGAAAUGGUGGGUGAGUCUCCCAGCGGGGGCUGCUGCAUACACAAUGACUCGAACUCGAAAUCUUGCUUAAACUGGAAUAAGCUGCUUACCACUUGAUCCAACCCCUCGUUAGUGCCCGAUGGUUCUUUGCCUAAACUUAAAGAGCCUUUUUUGGGGCGAAUAGCUUGAGAGCUAGGUGCUCUAAAGUCUUGAGUUCAACUCAAGCUCAUAGUUGUGGUAGUAACCCAUCCCCUUUCUCCAAAAUUGUCAUGUCCCAAAGAAAAAAGAAAACAGGAAAAAAAGAACAAGAUAGAGAACUGACCGUUAGAGGCCAUAAAUGCUAUAGUCCCGACAUAAAUAGUUUGCCCUCUAUCAUAGUAAAGCUCAAGAAGUAGGCCCUGUUGUACCCAAGAAAAUCUCCUCAAGCUUAGGAAGUGGGAACAACAACACGACGCAUCUUCAGAAUCUAAACCGUAGAAGAUGCCUCCAAUCCAAUUCCAUUCUGAUUAUAUAUGUAUAUACAUAUACUCCCCUUUUCCACUAGGCCCUCUAAAUUCCUAAAUUUCCAUUCCUAAACCCUAACCAACCACUAACCACCAUCAUCACACUCCUGCACAUGCUCAUCCAACGACACCGAAUCCGAUGAUGAGCGCAACCACCAGAAUCAGAUCUUCCGCCGCAAUGUCUCACCGUCGUAGCAAGCCUACGCCUCUCCCCUUAGUCGUCACCCUCAACUGCGUCGAAGAUUGUGUCCUCGAGCAAGACUCUCUCGACGGCGUUGCUAUCGUCGAGCACGUGCCUCUCAGCUGCUUAUCCGACGGCAAGAUCGAGGCUGCCGCCGCCGUUCUCCUUCACUCUCUCGCUUACCUCCCUCGCGCUGCCCAGCGCCGCCUUCGUCCUUACCAGCUUAUCCUGUGUCUUGGCUCGUCUGACCGCGCGGUUGAUUCCUCCUUGGCGACUGACCUUGGCCUGCGCCUUGUACACGUCGAUGUCUCGAGGGCCGAGGAGAUCGCCGAUACAGUCAUGGCGCUCUUACUUGGCUUGCUUCGCCGCACGCAUUUGCUCUCGCGGCACGCGCUUUCGGCUUCUGGAUGGCUCGGUUCGGUGCAGCCGCUUUGUCGAGGGAUGAGGCGGUGUAGGGGGCUGGUAUUGGGGAUUAUUGGUAGAUCUGCUUCUGCUCGGUCUCUGGCUACCAGGAGCUUGGCAUUCAAGAUAAGCGUGCUCUACUUUGAUGUUCAACAGGAAAAUGGAAAAAUUAGCAGGCCUUCAAUAACCUUCCCUUCAGCUGCCCGUCGAAUGGAUACCCUUAAUGAUCUAUUAGCUGCGAGUGACCUUAUUUCUCUUCAUUGUGCCCUAACAAAUGAAACUUGUCAGAUUAUCAAUGCAGAAAGUUUGCAGCAUGUAAAACCUGGGGCAUUUCUUGUUAAUACGGGUAGUAGCCAGCUGUUAGAUGAUUGUGUUGUGAAGCAGCUUUUGAUUGAUGGCAGUCUAGCUGGCUGUGCCCUGGAUGGAGCUGAAGGGCCACAGUGGAUGGAAGCAUGGGUGAAGGAGAUGCCCAAUGUGUUGAUACUUCCACGGAGUGCAGAUUAUAGUGAAGAAGUGUGGAUGGAGAUUAGGGAGAAAGCCAUAUCUGUGUUGCAAACAUGGUUCUUUGAAGGGGUUAUUCCUGAUGAUGCCAUUUCUGAUGAGGAUGAGGAGGAGAAUGAAAUAGGUGUUGAGAAAGAACAGGCUGCUAGUCAAUACAAAGAAAGUGCUCUUCAAGGAUCCAGUGGUAAGCAAUUGACAGAUGAUAUUCAAUUGAGUCCAGAAGUCUCCCAGAGUAAGGGUUCCACUCAGUUAAAGGAAUCUCCUAGCCAGAAUCAGGGUUCUGGUUUAUCUCACAGUACUGCAUCAAAAUCUGAAGGAAGACCCAGCAGAUCAGGUAGAAAGGCCAAAAAGAGGCAUGCCCGUCAAAAAUCAUUGCAGAAAUCAGAUGCACACAUGGCAUUAGAGAGAGAGAGUACUUCUCAGCGAGAAGAUGAUACAGCUAUGAGUGGCACUGAUCAAGCAUUAAGUUCUGAAUCACGGUCCCCAGAGGACUCUAGAUAUAGGAAAACACCAAAAGAAAUGGUGCAAGAAUCAACUUCUGACCCGCUUCUAGUAACAAGCAAGAAGCUGGUUGGGCGGUCUGGUGAUCUGCCGAAAGAUGGGUAUGUUAUUGCUUUAUACGCAAGAGAUCGCCCAGCACUUCAUGUCUCCAGGCAAAGAGCUAAAGGUGGUGGUUGGUUCCUAGAUACCAUGUCAAAUGUAACUAAACGAGAUCCUGCAGCCCAGUUCCUUGUUGUUUAUAGAACCGAGGACACUAUUGGUUUGCGUUCUUUUGCUGCUGGGGGGAAGCUAUUGCAGAUUAACAGAAGAAUGGAAUUCGUAUUUGCCAGUCACAGCUUUGAUGUUUGGGAGAGUUGGAUGUUGGAAGGUUCCCUGGAGGAAUGUAGGCUGGUAAAUUGUAGGAAUUCUUCGGUAAGUUUUAUUUUACCCCCAUGGAUGGCAUCAUCAACUACUAUUGGAUUGCAAUAAUGAACAUUUUUGGGCAUCAAGGGGCUUUCCUCCUUUUUUUUUUCCUAAAAGAUCAUAUGUCAAAAACCCCCGAGGGCAGUACACUACUCACUGGGCAUACCCAGGUUCCUGUACGCAUUCCUAAGUGGCUAAGUAUUCAUAUGCCUGCUAUAUUGUGUGACUGUUUUAUUGCUUGCAGAUAGCAAUUAGUUGAGUUUACAUGGUCAAUAGUCUGCUGUUAACCUCAAUGCAAAAGGACAUUAUGGAAUUUGUGAUCAAUAGAGAUAUUCUCAUAUAUGCAUUUACUAUUUUUUGAUUGCUCAUUUUCCUUAUUCCAACCAUAAUCCUCUCUAUUUUGAGUCACUCCAAUUGCUGGUAAUUGCAGGCUGUUUUAGAUGUCCGCAUUGAGAUUCUGGCAGCUGUUGGAGAAGAUGGAGUUACACGUUGGCUUGAUUAAGUUUUUAACACUGAAUUUGAGCGCUAACUUUUCUUGCCUUUUUUUUUUAACUUAUCAAAGGUUUGAGAUACCCUGUUUAUAAAUCAUUCUUCCCACCCCACCCCCCCCACCUUCUUUGUAUUCUUUUGGUGUUUUUGAAAGCAUCAUCGGUGUUGUAUGGAUUGAGGCUUUUUCAGCCAUUUGAUGUAUUGAAUGUAUUUUUAUGCAAGAGUUGCCUUGUUUAUCAUAUCAACCAGAGCUGCCUGGAGUGAGUGAUUCCAUUUCCAGGUGAUGAAGCCAAAUCUUGCUAUUGCAAUUUGCAGACUUGUGAUCUCAUGAGACAUGGAGUGUAAAGACGAAGUUAGAUAGAC